GUGGUGGUGCUGCGACAUAAAUAUGCCACUCGUAGUCAAUUGUAUCCCCUUCCUCAGCACAGCAACAACACAACCUGCUCCCACUUUUUGAGAGCAAUUGUUUUCAUUCCACUUUUCCUCCAGGACUUGGUCAGCAAACAUAAUUGGUGGUGGAAUCGGAUUGUUUGUGAGAAGAAAAUAUUCCAAUUGAAGCCGAGAUGGACGGUGCUGGAGAUUUUGACCCUUGCGAAUGUGUAUGGAGUCAUGAGUUGGCGACUCGUCGGUUGAUCAACAUGAUUCGGCAGCAGCAGGACUACUGUACCGACAGUGAGUGUUUCACUGAAGGUCAACCACCCAACGGGGACCAGUCAACCGCAGUAUUUUUCAUUGGAAUUUGGUUUCUAAUUGCAAUGGUGCUCUUCUUUCUCCGGCCUCGAAGUGCUGUUCCUACUGAAAAGAACCGAGAUCAAUUGGGAUCUCACUAUGAACCUCCUUCACCAACUAUUUGAUUAACACGCACAACCGACUUACAUCCCACGCUAGCAAUGAUCGACUAAUUCUUUCCUGGAACAGACUUGUUACUACCACUAAUCUACGUUCAACCAUACGUGAAAACAAAUGAAAUGUACCCUCAACAAAAUAGCAAACCUCACUUCCAAUUCAUGUACCAGUAUCGUUUUGUCUACAAAAAAUUAUACUAUUUGGAAAGUAUCUAUAUAUAUUUUAUUAUCAAUUAAUCGGCCGUCGACAUAUUCAACAUAUUACUAACUGUGGUUGUUGUAUCAUCUUUCGACUGUGAUGGUGAUUAUUGUCGUACUGUAUAAAUUAAAUAAACGUUUAUUGCAAGGCCGCGUAGUUUAUUUUAUAAUAUAUAGUUACUGUAUACCAAAUUUCUAUAAAUUUUAAUUACGGAAGGGAUGUAAUAUUGUGGCAGUAUCGCAUGCGUAAUAUAACAAUCCAGCAAUUCAUAAUUUCAACAAGAAUAAUACUGCUCGAAGAGUCAUUUGAAUUUUUUUUAUUAGACACAUUCACCCCAAGACUUAAUAUUAAGAAAUAUUUGACUUAAGAAAAACUUGCCGUGUCUUGAAAUGUUAGUUCCAGCAGUAAAAACAAUCCAUAUGUACCAUAAAUCGUAUCGUAUCGUAUGUGUGGAAAACACUUGGUAUUGAAUAAUAAUUUUCUCCGAUUUUGGUCGAUUUGUGUGUGUCCGGGUGGAGCAUACAAGAUGUGAUGGUAGAAGUUUUAAUUAUGAAGUAUAAAAGUGUGAGUGAAUAUCUCUUACAUUCGGAUUAUCAACGUUAUUUUCCCACAGGAAUUAUUGCAAUCAAUAUUAAUCGUCGUUCACAAUUCAAUCCAUUUAUGUUACCCUGUCGCUCGUUUUUUGUUUCGCAAAUGCAAUCCGCAGAUUUUAUAUGUUUCGUUAUGUACCACUAUGAAAAUGAGAUUGUUUGAAUAAUGAAUUAAAGUACAAUAAUAAUAAUAAAAAUAAGUAUUUGUGUAAA